GUUCGCUUCCCAUUCUUCCUAUGCAGACAGACACACAACAUGGCGGACUAGAAUAGUCGGCCGACGCGCCCGGAUACAGCGGAUAAACCGUGGGGGAUAUAACACCCAGGAUAGGCCCAAGAAAGUACACCUCCGACUGGACUGUAAGUUAACCUCGAAUCUCGGAUCUUUUUGCCUGGAUUUAAGGGAUAAACUGCGAAGUGUUGGCUGUGUGUGAGUGUGUCCCAGAUCGUGCUCUGCUGCUGCUAUCAACCCAGGAUCCCCCCCACCCACACCCCGCUCACACUCUCUGUUCCUGGGGUGUGGAGUACAGAGGGGCCGGGGCUGGAAAACGUGGAAGAAGAAGGAGAGAGGAUACAUUCCUACUUGGGUUUUUUUUUUUUUCUUCUUUUUCUCCCCUCUCCACCUCCACCACCACCACCUCCACCUCCACCAGCUCGCCUCGGGUUUCCUCCUCUGGGCGCUUACAGGAGUUGUGGACCACGCUGUGCGAAUGAGUGAUUGAUGCCAACUUCGCUUCUUCAGGGCAGAAUGGGUGUGUGUCCCCUGCUCCUGCUGCUCGGCGUCGCCCUCGGGGCCUCAGCCCAGGAUCAUGUCCCCAUCACAAGUCCUCCAAAUAUCACUGCCAAACCCACAGACCCUCCUGUCGCACCCUCCCUCAACUUUACCACAGGCCCACCCACAACGCUCGCCCCCACAGACAUCCCGGUGACGACAAUAACAACCACAACAACCACGAGCCCAGCUGGCGAGGGGGAUGCACAACCAGCGGGUCCUGAUGGCACCGGGCGGCUGUUACCGGUCCCGGCUCCCUCACCUGAAGCUCCCACCGAUGCCCCUCAGGCACCGCCGAGCACCGAGCCUCCCCCUCCUCCCACCCCAGCGGGGGGAGACAACGAGAACACAGCCCUGCCUCCAGAAACCCCAUCUCCAGAUUAUUCAGAAGGGGCUGAAGUCACUGAGGACACGCUGGCCACCACAGAAUCUGGGAUGGGGUUCACCUCGGACACCAGCCCACACGACAACAACCAGUCUGACGACAUGCCGAUCAUAGCGGUCAUGGUGGCCCUGUCCUCCCUGCUGGUCAUCAUCUUCAUCAUCAUCAUCCUCUACAUGCUCAGGUUCAAGAAGUACAAGCAGGCGGGAAGCCAUUCAAACUCCUUCAGACUGACCAAUGGGAGAUCAGAUGACACAGAACUCCAGAGCGUCCCGCUAUUGGCCCGGUCGCCCAGCACAAACAGGAAGUACCCGCCCCUUCCCGUCGACAAGCUCGAGGAAGAAAUGAACCGCCGCAUGGCCGAUGACAACAAGCUCUUCAGGGAGGAGUUUAACGCGCUGCCAGUCUGCCCCAUCCAAGCAUCAUGUGACGCCGCUUCCAAGGAAGAGAAUAAAGAAAAGAACAGAUACGUCAACAUCCUGCCAUACGAUCACUCCAGGGUGCAUCUCUCAUCUCUGGAGGGAGUCCCAGACUCUGACUUCAUCAACGCCUCCUUUAUUAACGGUUACCAAGAGAAGAAUAAGUUUAUUGCAGCUCAAGGACCGAAGGAGGAAACAGUAAAUGACUACUGGCGGAUGAUCUGGGAGCAGAACACAGCCACCAUCGUCAUGGUGACCAAUCUGAAGGAGAGGAAAGAGGGGAACGGGGGAAAAGGACGCAAUUGCGGACCAGAGGAAUCUAAAAGUCACAUCUGUAAGUGUGCCCAGUACUGGCCGGACCAGGGCUGUUGGACAUACGGGAACAUCCGCGUGUCUGUGGAAGACACAAUGGUUCUGGUGGACUACACCAUCCGCAAGUUCUGCAUCCAGCAGGUGGGAGAUGUGUCUGGGAAGAAGCCUCAGCGGCUCGUCACCCAGUUCCACUUCACCAGCUGGCCGGACUUCGGGGUGCCCUUCACCCCGAUCGGCAUGCUCAAGUUCCUCAAGAAGGUCAAGAAUUAUAACCCGCAGUAUGCCGGGGCCAUCGUGGUCCACUGUAGUGCGGGCGUUGGGAGGACGGGUACCUUCAUUGUGAUCGAUGCCAUGUUGGACAUGAUGAACACCGAGAGGAAGGUGGACGUGUUCGGCUUCGUCACCAGGAUCAGAGCCCAGCGCUGUCAGAUGGUCCAGACUGAUAUGCAGUACGUGUUCAUCUUCCAGGCGUUGUUAGAGCACUACCUGUACGGAGACACAGAGCUGGAGGUGACCUCUCUGGAGUCCCACCUGGCCAAACUCUACGCCCCCGCACCUGGAGCUGGCUGCAGUGGUCUGGAGGCUGAAUUCAAGAAGCUGACAUCCAUCAAGAUCCAGAACGACAAGAUGAGAACAGGCAACCUGCCCGCCAACAUGAAGAAGAACCGAGUCCUGCAGAUCAUUCCAUACGAGUUCAACAGAGUGAUCAUUCCAGUCAAGCGAGGAGAGGAGAACACCGACUACGUCAAUGCCUCUUUCAUUGACGGCUACCGCCAGAAGGACUCCUACAUGGCGAGCCAGGGCCCGCUGCAGCACACCAUCGAGGACUUCUGGAGGAUGAUCUGGGAGUGGAGGAGCUGCUCCAUAGUCAUGCUCACUGAGCUGGAGGAGAGAGGGCAGGAAAAGUGUGCCCAGUACUGGCCCAGUGAUGGACUGGUGGUCUACGGGGACAUCGCCAUUGAGAUUAAGAGGGAGGAGGAGAGCGAGAGCUACACGGUGCGUGACCUCCUGGUCACCAACAACAGGGAGAACAAGGCCCGAGCCGUGCGUCAGUUCCAUUUCCACGGCUGGCCGGAGGUGGGCAUCCCCACCGACGGCAAAGGCAUGAUCAACAUAAUUGCUGCGGUGCAGAAACAACAGCAGCAGUCUGGCAACCACCCCAUUACUGUGCACUGCAGUGCUGGUGCCGGCCGGACGGGGACUUUCUGUGCGUUGAGUACAGUCCUGGAGAGGGUGAAGGCAGAGGGCAUCCUGGAUGUCUUCCAGACAGUCAAGAGCCUCAGACUGCAAAGACCACACAUGGUGCAGACACUGGAGCAGUACGAGUUCUGCUACAAAGUGGUCCAGGAGUAUAUCGAUGCCUUUUCUGACUACGCCAACUUCAAGUAGGGACCUGCCAUGGAUGGAUGGAUUGAUGGAUGGCUGGAUGGAUGGAUGUCCGCAUACACUUCAUUCAAGCAUAUGCACGCACCAGAACACACACACAUACAUUACCAAGCAGGAAGCUGCAUAUUCCCCAUCUGAUGGAUUUUUUUAAAAAACAAAAAGACUCAUCACAACCUGAUCGGUGGAUGGGACGAACUGCCCGCAGGAAAAGGGAACAGAGGCCUCGGCCCCGAAGGACAGGGCAGCGCAGACGGACAGAGAAAAUAACUGAGAUGCCUUCUUGAAUAUUUUGUAAUAUUGGUCUUGUUAAUACAGCCCCUUCACCCCUAUUCGCUUCCCACCUCUCCCCCCCACAUUGUAUAUAUACUUACUGUGUUGCAUCUUAUUACUUUGGUUUCAGACACAGUUUUGAGUUUGGCUGCAUUUUCGGGUGGCACCUGUAAUGUAUUUUAUUGGUAUAUAUAUAUAAAUAUAUAAAUAUAUAUAUGAAUAUAAA